UGAUUAUUUUUCUAGCCUAGAAGGACGCGUGUUUUGACGCGCUCUCCAGGUGUGAAAUCGAGCCUCCGCGUAAAACCGCAGAGAAGACUAAAACAGGGACUCCUCACAGGCAGGAUAUCCACAGUCUGUAAGUCAGCCUCGUAUUCGUCCUGCUCUUUAAUUCCUACUUCCGUGGUCCUCCGCGUUCAGACCACAGCCACAGCGAUGCCAGAGACAACGCAAGAGACGUGCGCUCCGGCCAAGGACUCUCCUUUCUUUAUCAAGAACCUGCUCAACUGUGACAGCAAACCGUCAAAACGACCCGUGCUUGCUGCCACCAAGGCGGCCUUGGAGGGAGGAUUUUCUCUUUCCCAGGUCGCGGACUUCACCUUUCCACGCUUCGACCUGCCCACACAGAGGUUCAGUCUACCGGCUCACUACCUGGAGCGCACCUCGGCGUGGUGGUACCCCUACACCCUCGGCGCAACCGCCCACCUGCACAGAACUGAAAUUAUCGAGAAACCAGGAGCCAGAGACUCCUCUCCAACCUCGGGCACAGACAGAGACUCGCCGGAGCUUGUCCUCAAGUCCGAGCCAGACGCCAAAGACGACGACGAGGACGAUGACCACAACAACAACAAAAGCGGCGAUGAGAUCAUCCUGGAGGAGAGCGACACGGAAGAGGCCAAAAAAGACGAGCUGGAUGAGUGGAAGAAGAGGGACGACGACAAGAAACCGUGUCGCAAGAAGAAGACACGCACAGUUUUCUCCCGGAGCCAGGUGUUCCAGCUUGAGUCCACCUUCGAUAUGAAGCGCUACCUGAGCAGCUCGGAGCGCGCCGGUCUGGCCGCGUCUCUGCACCUGACGGAGACUCAGGUGAAGAUCUGGUUCCAGAACAGGAGGAACAAGUGGAAACGGCAGCUGGCAGCGGAGCUGGAGGCCGCCAACCUGAGCCACGCGGCAGCGCAGAGGAUAGUCCGGGUGCCCAUCCUCUACCACGAGAACUCGGCCUCUGAUAGUGGAGGCUCCGCCGGGAACGUGCCCGCGAGCCAGCCGCUUCUCACCUUCCCGCACCCGGGCGUCUACUACUCCCACCCCAUCGUCACAUCCGUACCGCUGCUCAGACCGGUUUGAGGAGAGCUGGACAAAAGCAACUCUCUCUAAAAAAUAAAGACUGAAUAUUUUUGUACAACUGACUGAAUGAAGAAAAAAUAGACACAGUGACAGGCCUACAUGGACCUUUAUUAUGGGAAAUAUAAUGUGUCAUUUUCUAUGAGGGUGUCGUUUACACGUGAUCCGACAACUCAGAUCCCAUGUUUAUUAUUAUUAGUGUUAUUAUUAUUAAUAUUAAUAUUAUUAUUAUUAUGCGGUAUCACCUCAGGAGUCCACCUGCUUACACUGCCUGAUGAGUGUCUUUUAUUUUCCCCCUUGAUUUUACAUCAUGACUGUUUCUAGGCUGCAGGUCAAAAAAGUUUGUUUACAAAGUUGAACGGCUCCAAUGCGCGUGCCUGCUUGUUAUUUAACACAAUUAUUUUGAAUUAUUUCACAUUUUCAUACCGAUAAUGCGCAACACACUGACGGUGAGCUGUGAAUCAAUUCGUCCACUAAGCCAGAUACACACUAUAUAUUUUAAUUUUCAACUUUGGAUAUUAUUGAUGAGCCUUUGUUGUCCUUUUUAAAGCUAUUGCUUUCUAAGCGCGUGACCGGGGACAAUCAAAACACUCUGGACUGUAAAAUAAUCCUGUAGCUUUAUGUUUAGUUUUAGUGACUCUCACUCUUGUUCUCUCUACAUGGACGCGUCCUUCGAGCACAAGCGGGAGCUCCAGUGUGUCCUAAUCUUCUUUGUGUUUUGGAACAGGCAAAAAUAUCGACGAAACACUGGUGUAAAAAUCUGUAAAUGUAUAUAUUUAAUGAGUAACGGGGGAAGAGGGGCUGCUACCUCCGGCUUCUCCUUUGUACAGAAAAAACAACGUUUUGAUAUUGUCAUGCUGAACCAUGUUGUGAAAUAAAAGGAGAAUAUUCCUCACUUUUUAGGA